CAUGAGUCUCUGCUGUCAUGUGGGCGAAGGAAGCUAAACCGAUGAAGAGGUGCUACUUGGCUUUAUUUGAUUAAAUCUUGAUUUUAUCAAAUGAAUAUAACGGUUCAUUCAUUUGUAAAAUAUCUCAGCGAUUAGACAACUUUUUGUUAUCCAAACUACGUGCGCAACUUGGAAGGGCUGCUGUUUCAGGAAUCAUUCAAAAUAAGUGAAGACUACCAUUGGAUGCCGGACUGCAAAAUGAAAAACAAUGAUGGUGUUUGAUCUGCCAGUGCACUAAGUUCUCGGAGAGAAGGCAUCUGAUGAAAAUUUACUGCAACGUUACAGAUUCCGGCAUGGAAGACAAGGCAAAUGGCUCUGUUGACACCAAAAGCCCAGUUGAGAAUGGUCAGCUGCCAGACCCUGCCAACUGGGGCGUCACUGACGUUGUCAAUUACUUCAAAGCCACAGGGUUCGAGGAGCAAGCCACGGCUUUCCAGGAUCAGGAAAUUGAUGGUAAGUCCCUACUCCUGAUGACUCGUAACGACGUUCUGACGGGACUGUCGAUUAAGCUCGGUCCUGCCUUGAAAAUCUAUGAGUAUCACGUGAAGCCGCUGCAGACUCAACACCUGAAGAGCAAUGCCUCAUAGCACCGCAGGCCAUCCCAACACCCACCUCAGCGACAAUCAUUGUGUCAGGAGACCCCGGGUUAGCUGCCGCCUCACAAAGACUCCUAUGACCACAGUGGCACCUUAACAGGAUUCGAAUGCUGUAUGUUUAUAUAAGCAUAGAUGCCAAAAAUGGGUUGCACAUGGAGUCCAGUCAGCUAUUAACCCUUUCAGCCAUUCUUUUCUCUGCUGCUUGAGAUAUGUAUUUUAUCUUUUGUUUUAUUUAAAAAAAAAAACCUGAAAUUUGGAGGAGAAUACUCGGCGUGUGUGUGUGUGUGUGUGUGCGCAAAGUGAAUUAGCUAUGUUGGUUUAAAAAGGUUUUUGUAUAUAAGAUUAUAUAUAUAGUUAAAAAUUGUCUAUGUUCUGUUGUACCUGAACACUGAUACAUGCAGAAAGUAAUUUGGAUGCACCCCAUUUUGACCUAUGCUCUGAACCGUGCAGCUGAGUCCAUGAAUCGUCCUUGGCAUGUAACAAUGAAGCAUUUUGUUUGCCCAGACGCGAGCCAGCUGAAAGCCUCUUUGUUCCUGCACAGCUACAUUAUCAAAGGCUUGAAGCUCUUGAUAUGAAAAGAUUUACUGUGUAUAUAUUCUUAUGUCCCUACCUGUGGUGCUUUCAGCAAUGUCACAAAGACAGAUGUACUGAAGUGUGUAUGAUCAAUGUAAACGUGCAGCAUUACACUGGAGUUUGAAUAUCUGCAUCAAAGAUUUGCAAUAAAUGGUGCUCUUUUCUCA